AUGGUGAACCGGGACCACAGGGUGUUAUUGGGCGAAACGGGUGCGAAAGGAGAAGUUGGAAGUCCCGGACAGCCCGGAGAAAGGGGACAAAUAGGAAUACCAGGGGAAAGGGGUCCACAUGGGCCUCCUGGAUUGCAAGGGUUUCCGGGACCUCAGGGUCACGCGGGACCUUCCGGUCCUAAAGGUUCUACGGGAGGGCCCGGAAUGAAAGGAGAGCAAGGUUCCUCUGGACCUCCUGGUCAUGUCGGUGAACCGGGUGUACCUGGAUUACCCGGUCCUAAGGGUCCGCCCGGAGAAGAGGGCAAAAAGGGUGAUGUGGGAUUCCCAGGACUUCCAGGAAGAACUGGAGAGCCCGGACCCGCUGGAGUUCCUGGUCAAACCGGGCCCGCUGGACCCCCAGGGAUCCCCGGAUUAAAAUGGGAGACAAUGGAAGACCUGGCCCUCCUGGACCACCAGGGUCACAUGGGCCACAAGGAAUUGCAGGACCUAAGGGAGAGCAUGGAGAAAUGGGACCGCAAGGACAGCGAGGGAUUCAGGGCGAAAGAGGUAAUGACGGAAAACCCGGUAGAGAUGGCGAGUCGGGACCGCAGGGAAUUCCCGGUCCUCAGGGACCAAUGGGACCUCCAGGAGAACCUGGUCCUCCUGGAAAUACUGGUAAAGAUGGACCACCAGGUCUUCCCGGAAGACCUGGAGAUAAAGGUCAUUCUGGACCUCCUGGCCCACAGGGUGAAAAAGGCCCGGGAGGUGAAUCUGGACCUCGAGGUGUUCCAGGACCGCAAGGAUCAAGAGGAGAAAAAGGAGAUAAAGGCCAUCGAGGACUCAUUGGGUUUGCCCGGACAUGUGGGACCUCCUGGAGACAAAGGUCCGGUCGGGUCUAUUGGACCGGCAGGCCCUCCAGGAGCACCGGGAGUAAAGGGUCCGCCCGGAAGAGAUGGGCCACCCGGUCCUAAUGGAACGCCCGGUCCUAUGGGGCCGAGGGGUGAGAGAGGAGAUGACGGGAAAUCAGGUACACCCGGCGAGAGAGGACUGCCCGGGCCGCCAGGCUCUCCGGGCGAACCGUUCGCAUACGACGCGGCGGCUCUCGCGGCGAUCCUCAACCAAUCGGGCGGUCAGACUAAGGGUCCCGAUCCUAUGCUCGGAGACCAACCAAACCGACUCUUUUCAGCCGACGUCCCAAUCGAAGAGAAAAAGAAAAUUGUUUUUGAGUUUUACGACCAACUCGUCAAAGAAUACGAGAAACUUCGGCGACCGACGGGUGAGAGGGACGCGCCCGCGAAGACUUGCAAAGACUUGUCUCAAUUACAUCCCACUUUGGAAAGCGGAAUCUAUUACAUCGAUCCAAACGAGGGCACAUCCAAUGAUGCCAUUCAGGCCUAUUGUGAUAUGACCACUAAGUCGACGUGUGUGUUCCCGGCGCCCACCUCUGUGCCCAUCAGACCCUAUAAUAAAGAGACAAAAUAUGGUCACAAUUGGUUCAGCGAAAUGAAGGGAGGGUUUACUUUCACAUACAAAGCCAACAAUAUUCAGCUAAACUUUUUGCAACUAUUGAGUGAACACGCCGUUCAGAAUAUCACAUAUUUAUGCAAAAAUUCGGUCGCCUUUUUCGAUGAGACCAAACAAACCCAUAGAAAAGCAGUCAAAUUAAUGACUUAUAAUGACAUCGAACUGACCGCCGAUGGAAAUAAUAUGUUUACCUAUCAGUCAAUUAGAGACGGCUGUCAGACUCAUAGCAACCAAUUGGACAGUACUGUAAUAGAAUAUAAUACAGAUAAACCUCAACGACUUCCCAUUCUUGACAUCGCUGUCAGGGAUAUAGGGGGAAAGGAUCAAGAGUUUGGCUUAGAGUUAGGUCCCGUUUGCUUCAAUUAG